AUGGAGCUGUGGCAGCAACUGCAGCAGGCAGAAAUGGUGCCCCCGGAGCUCGGCCCACCACCCCGGGCCCUGUUGGGGGUCCCCCCAGCAGAGACGGCUGGCUCGACCCUCUCAUCUUCAAGGGCAGAAUCCUGGGGUGCCAGUGCCAGCAAGAGUCUUCGAUGGAUCUGGGAGGAGCUGGGGAACCUCCGUCGGGUGGAUGUCCAGCUAUUGGGUCAGCUGUGCAGCCUGGGACUGGAGUUGAAGGCACUGCGGGAGGAACUGGCCUUCCUGGAAGAGGAAGAGGAGGAGGAGCCCCUUGAGGAAGAGGUAGAUGAAGAGGAUGAAGAGCCAGAGAAUCGGGAGAAAGGACCCCUGGGGGUCUCCUGCUCUGUGCCAGGCUAUCGGCUCCCUGACUUUGAGAUGACCAUCUGAGACCCUGCUCCUGGUAGACACAGGAAUGGGAUGCAAAUGUAUGCAGAUGUAUGCAGGGGAGGGAUUUGCUGGUCAGAUCCACUUGCAAGCAUGGAUGGAGGACCAACACAUGUUCCUUGAACAAGCGCCUUCUCUGGGGGAUGGGGGCGAGGCUGAGCCCGUGGGGUGUCUGCACAUGAACUGUGGGUA